GCUGUGAAAAUAUAUAUUUUUCCACAUUUUCAAACUUUAAAACGGGUCAGUUUGACCCGCAGGACGACAUGAGGGUUAAACAGGAAGCAGCAGAGUUCUCAGACUCAGGGAUCUUUUAAUGAAAGCAUCAGAGACCGAUCAGGCUCUGUCAUGUUGAAUAUAUGAAUAUAUAUCAUGGAGUCUGCUGCUGAAGGACAGCAGCGUUAAACAGCCAUUUGGAGACUGCUGAGAAACACAAAAUCACGAAAAUGACUUGAAUCUCCACUGAACUUCUCGAUGCAGUGCAGCUUUUGUGAUGAGACUCGUCUUUUAUAGUGGACAAACACAGAGACGGCUGUAAUUACAGUGAUUUGCCAGACGUUUGGCUCCAGCACUAAUCAGGGAGCAGGAAUGAGGUCCGGCCGGCCAACGGCAGCACACUCCCUCCCUGUAUGAUUACCACUUGGUUGUUCUUCUACGAUGACCUUGGCUCAUCACACAGUCGAGUGUCUGAUUGCAUCACACACACCGACCGGCUUGUUAGCUUCUGCAGCAAUUACUGCCAUGCAUGUGUGAGAGUCACCGGACACUUCAUCGGUAUUCAGAGAAGUUCUGUCUCGCUGCUGCUGCUUCUCUCUGGUUACGUCCACAAAUAUGUCUCGUUGUAAAUGCAAAUUUAGGACCCCGCUGGUUCUGUGAUUGCACGGCUAGAGGCCAGUAUUUAUUCAGCUGGGCGGCAAUUUGUUGUAAAUGAAAGCCAUUUAUUUCAAUUUUUUUCUUUGCACGGGUGAACUAAUGUCAACAUCAGAUGUAUUUAUAUAGCACUUCUAAAGGCCUGUGGCCAACCAAAGUGCUUUAUAAUAAAAUAAAUCAUCAAUAAUAUGAAAACAAUGAAAGCAAAACAAUAAGACAGUAAAAUUAAACAGAUAAAGAUCCAGUAGAGGUGACUCUGCUCAGCUAGAUGCCAGGGUGGACAAGACGUGUUUUAAAAAUGGAGAAAAAAAAUGGGAAAAAUCCCCAAAAUUCGCAAGAAAGUUCUUCUAAAUAUUUUCAAAAAUUGAGUAAAAAUCUUCCAAAAAAUCCUAAAAAUAUCUAAAAUGAUUCCAUAUAUAUCACUGUGAAAUUUUUCCCCCCCCCACAUUUUCAGACUUUAAAACGGGUCAAUUUUGACCCACAGGACGACAUGAGGGUUAACAAGGUCAGAUAAAUGUUCUGAGUCCAUUCAGAGACUUAAAAACAAAUAAAAGAAUCUUAAAAUCAAUCCUGAACCUAACCGGAAGCCAGUGAAGUGAGGAAAGCACCAGCGUUCUUUGUCCCGGUUAGGAGAUGAGCUGCUGCAGAAUGCUGGCGUUCAGGGAGUUCCAGUAGUCCAAGCGCCAUGUCAUUCAGAUUCAUUGGUCUCCAGGGGGCAAUUAAAAUAAAGUAAUAAAAGCAUGGAUAACUUUUUCUAGAUCAGCCCCUCUUAGGCCCUAACCUUUCAGAGCUUUCAACCGAACAGCCUCUUACAUCAGGAGAAAGAGAGGAAGCUGUUUGUCGGCCAACUUACAGUUUUCUUUUAAAGAAGUGAAACAGUAUUUCAAAGUUAUUGCAUCAGCGACUUGUUGAGUCGUUUCAAAACCAGAAGCAAACAACAACAAAGCUUUAGUCAGCAGAAUCUGCAGCAGAAUCAACAUGCUGAAACUCUCACAAGUCGCUGCUUUGUCAUGUUGAGUUGCAUGAAUUUGAGAUGAAGCCAGCGUUGCCCAUCGGUUGUGUAACACAAGCCGUGAUAAAAGUUUCAUGAUGAUGGAUAAAGCCAGCAGCUCGUGGACAGCCCUCACAGGCAGAGAUCUGAAACUGAGCGUUAUUUCUCUGGGAUUUGUUUGGGCGACAUGUUCAGCAGCCUCCACAGACAAACAAGCCUCUGCUGCUGCAACAGUCCAGACUACAUGAGAGGAUCCGUCCACAGCUAAUAACAUCACCUGUCAGGCCUCAGCAGCACCGAUUCAUUAUUCAGAAGGUGUUCCAUCUCCACCGCUGCUCUACCUUCCACAGUCAUCCCCGCCGUAGAUUUAUUAUUUAUCACCUGCUCUUAUAAAUCUUUAAUCGUUAUAAGAACCCCUGCUGGGAAGUAAAUGUCUGCGUUCUCUGCACCAAAAGAGAGGUUUUCAUAAAAGUGAAAUUACUGACAAUAUUUCCCCUCAUGUUAUUAUGUGAGUUCUAUUAUAUGGCAUUAAUAUUAGUAGUAACAGUAGUAGUGGUGGUGUUGUGUAAUAUUCCUGUGUGAAUGUGGCGUUAUGUGAUAUUACAUAAAUAUAUCCUGGAGAUCUGGUGUGAAUUAUUCCCCAGCUGCUGGAUAGAUGCAGAGGAAGAAGACUGAUUCUUUUAUUCUAACAGCUUCUGUUUCCUCCCUGAGCUCCACCAGAUAAAGUCUAAAAACACCCAAACUACGAGUGUGAGUGAUCCUCGAAUAGCAUUCCAGCAUAUUAAAUUUGAAAUGCAGAAAGUAUGCAGAUUGAAUCCAGCGAGUCGCCCCGGUAUAACCAUUUAACCCUGUAAGACUCAGAUAUCGAAAAAAUAAUAAAUAUUUAUAUUAUAUUAUAUUUAUUUAAUAAAUAUUUUAUAAAUAAAAUAAACACGAAAAUCAUAUAUAUAUGUAUAUGUGUGUGUGUGUGUGUGUGUGUGUGUGUGUGUGUGUGUGUGUGUGUGUGUGUGUGUGUGUGUGUGUGUGUGUGUGUGUGUGUGUGUUUUUCCUCUGCAGAGUGGAGUAGUGGUUAGCUCUGUCGCCUUGCAGUGAGAAGAUCCCCGGUUUGCCUCCUGGCCUUCCUGGGAUCUUCCUGCAUGGAGUCUCCAUGUUCUCCUGUACACGUGUGGGUUUUCUCCAGGUUCUCCAGCUUCCUCCCACAGUCCAGAAACAUGCUGAGGUUAUUUGAUUAUUCUAAAUUGUCCGUAGGUGUGAAUGUGAGUGUGAUUGUUUGCCUUUAUAUGUAGCUCUGCGACAGACUGUUACCUGUCCAGGUGUCCCCUGCCUUCACCCUAAGUCAGCUGGGAUAGACUACAGCCCCCCCCCCCCCCCGCGACCCUACUGAGGACUAAGCGGUGUAUAAAUGAUGGAAGUUUUCUCUACAUUCAUUCAGCAGCAGCGGGCCGUCAUUCCUAAAUCCCAGCCGCCGCUCCUUCAAAUUUCUUUUUUUUUUCUUUUUUUCUUUUUUUUUAUUGUCGCAAACACACCACCGCCGCAUGUCUCCACCUUCACAGCAGAGUUCUGCACUGUGUCGGGUUCUCACGAGUACUAAGGUAAACUACAGAUAACUAUCUUGUUCAGUAUCUACUCUCUGAUACGUCGGGUUGAUACGACGUUAAUUAGUCGCCUUAAAGUGACGUCACGUCCAGCAGCCAGGCAGCAGGUCAAUCAGAGGAGUGACGUCUAGAAAAUAGAGCAGCGACUUACCGGAGAAAAGUUAUUAGCUGAAGAUAACUCAUGAUAGAUUCUACAAGUUAAAUAGACAUUCACUAAAUACUGAUGUCCAGCUAACGCUACGUAGCAUAUCGGUAGCGUCAGUUCCUUGGACCCGGUGCCAACUCAGUGUCGCUAACGUGAGUAAACUAUUGAUAGCAUUAAGCUAAUGGCUACACUCCAUGUAUGAAUAACUACUGACUGCAUUUUCAGAUGAGCUUGUUCAAAUAUAUAUAUAUUUUUUUACAUUCAGCCUUUAGAAAGCCAUUUUCAACUGGCCAUUCAAUAAACAGGUUUUUCAAGUAAAAUCUAUAGUAAAGUGUCAUUUGUUUACGUAUCACAGCUCCCCAGAGAGCCUGCUGCUGGAAGAAAUGCUAGAGGAAACACUGUAUAAAUAUAUCAAAGUAUAGAAAAAAAUGAACAAAGAAUGAAAUAAAGUUAAAAAAAAUAUGUAAAUAAUAAUAAUAUAUUAACCCAAAUAUAGAAAAAAAUGAGCAAUACAUAUAUCAAACAAAUAUAGAAAUAAAUGAGCAAAAAAUUAAAUAAACAAUAUAUAUAUAGAAAAACCCAAAUAUAGAAAAACAUGAGCAAAAAAUAAAGUAAAGCUAAAAAUAUAAAUAAUAAUAAUAUGUAAUGUGCAAACCCAAAUAUAGAAAAAAAUAUGCAAAAAAUAAAACUAAUCAAUAUAAAUAAUUAUAUAAACUCAAAUAUAGAAGAAAAUGAGCAAAAAUAUUAUAGAUAGAUAAUAUUUAAAACAGAUGAACUGAUGUUGUAUUUGUACAACAGUGGGUUUUCCAGGGUUAAGUGUUUCAGUGCUGAGCCACAGAUUUAAUGUGAUCAGUGGUCCGUAAAGAAUAACGUGUUGCUCCUAUUAAAUCCAGACUUCGAGCCGUCUUUGCUCGUCUGCUGACUCAGUAGAGAGAAGAAACUUGGCUCGGACGCUUUGAAAAGGUUGACUGUCUUCCGUAACAAUCCGGUAAACCUCGACGCCUCUCCAGUGAACUCUACAGCUCAUAAAAGAGGCAGUUCAUGAGCUGGAUUGAUAGUUUGCAAAAGUUUAUUGGCAGACGGCACCAGCGAGAGGUAGUUUAAGGCGAAAUUUACAAGGCAUUUGUCGGAGCUGUUUGUGGGAUAAUGAAGUGUUGUCACAUUUCAGAUAGAGGCCGUCCUUCCUGUAUGUUAAUGGCUGAGUCAGUAAUACAGCAGAUGAAUCCAAGCGUGCCAAUUCACAAGCAUUUAAUAUAUUCAAAAUUACUUCCUUCUAACACUUUUAAUGUUGUUUCGAAACUUUUUGGAUUAAAAAUGUUCUUGUUGUGCUGCCAAAUUGUCAGUGUUUAAUAUUUAAUCACAGAAACAGUCCAAUUUUGAGGACAGGUUUUCAGAAAAUAAAAAUAGUUUGCUUUUGUUUGUUGACUUGAAAGAAUGUAUUACAGAUUUGAUGACCAUGAGACAGCAUCAUCUGGGCUCUAUGUGUGGCAAACUAAUUUCUUUUUGCUUUGAGCGAGCUCCUUGUAACCCAACCCUGCUGGUUCUGCUUUGGUGCGAUCAUCAGAGGAGUCGUGUUGGAUGUCUGGGAGGCGGCAGCAGAGAUGUUAGCAGGAGAAAAACUGAUCACUCAUGAAAGGAGUCGCCGAGCGUCCUGCUGUGUCUGACUCGGCCUCUGCUUUGUCUGUAGUUUGAUCCCCAUGUGGGCGUUCAUCAUGUCUCCAUUAGUCAGGUCUGUCCUUAUUUUUAUAAAGCAAAGUAUGGUGGGAUCAGACUCUAGGUCAGAGGUGUCAUUUUAGUUCAGGGGCCACAUUCAGCCCAGUUUGAUCUUCAGUGACCAAUAAAAUCACAUCAUAAUAACCUAUAAAUAACCACAACUCCAAAUUUUUCACUGAACUAUCUUUUUAAGAAACGAUAAGAAAGCUUUAUUGUCAUUAUACACAAUGUACAAUGAAUUUCCACAUGACUUUCUUCCUUUUAAACAGACACGGUAAAUAAGAUAAGAAAAUAAAAUUACUAAGUAGUGGAGUAAAAGACAAAUAGAAAUCUUUACAAAAAAAAAGAACAAAAAAUGUGCAACAAACAAUGAAAGAACAGAGCAUUGCAAAAGUACAGUGGCAGACGUUAUGAACAACCUGAAAUUUCAUAAACUCUGCUCUUAUUUUUCUUACAAAAUUUCAGGUUGUUCCUAAUGUUUUGUUAAAAAAAAAAAAAAAAACAACAAAAAAAAAAAGAUAAAAAAAGAUAAUUCCUUAAAUGUGAACAUUUUCUGAAUGUACUUUUUUUGUACUAAAACAAAGGAAAAGCUUGGAGCUGUGGUUAUUUAUCGGUUAUUAUGCUGUGAUUUUUUUUUUUUGGUCGUUUGAGUUUAAAUUGGGCUGAAUGUGGAACCUGAACUAAGAUGAGUUUGACUCCCCUGCUCUAUAUAAAGGAACCAGACAUUAGGACUAGAACAGUGUUUAUGGUUGCUGCUUCCUUUGUGUCAAGAAUGGAUUAAUAAAUGUGUAAAAUGCUACCAGGCCAGACUAUCCAGCUGACUUCCUGGCUUAUUGCAUGUGAUCAAACAAAUAGGUCAAAUGUGAACCUGAUUAGCUGUUUUUAAUGUUAAACUCUCAAUAAAUAUUAGCCAAGGACACCUUUUUUUUCUCUAAAAUCUAACUGUUGUUUUCUGAGUCUAAUAAAUAUUUCAUGUUGGAGAGAAAUUCAUUAUUUGACACAAAGUUGGUUUUAUGUCCUUUUAAAAUAAACAUUUCAUGAUCCGUCUUAACCCUCAUGUCAUCCUGCGGGUCAAAAUUGACCCGUUUUAAAGUUUGAAAAUGUGGAGAAAAAAAAAUAUUUUCACAGUGAAACUUCUGAUGUCCACAUUUUCAACAUUUCUGGAAAAUUUUUGAACAUUUUUUGGUGGAAAAAAAAUGUUAAAAAUGUUUCUUAAGAACAUUCACAAAAAAAUCACUGGAUUUUGGUUGAUUUUUAUGUGAAUGUUCUCAAAGAAAAUAUUAGACGUUUUACUGAUAUAUAACCUCCAUUUACAGUUUUUAUGGCAGUCCUAGUAGCAGAUGUUUCCUUCCUCUAGUUAAUGGAUGGUAAAGGUGUUCAGAUCUGCUUUUUUUGGCGUCUUGCUCUUGACUGUGAAUCUCACACGUGCCGGCAUACGAAACAGCUGAUAAAAAAAAGGUCAGAUAAACUGCCCUGCGCUUGUGUUUGUUUUCAACACGUCAACACGCUGAGGAAUCCAGAGAAAAUAGGUUGCAAAGGUCAGUCCAGGUGAGCCGCUCACAUGUCACCAUCAAUGUUUUACUCAGUGAGCUUUUUAACCCUCUGCUGACUUUACAUUCUGCCUCUUCUGUCUUUUUCCUGCCGGUUGUACAUGCUUGACCCCUCGGUGCCUCCUAACCUGAACUCGCUUAGGACCUCCUGCAGGCAUGUUUCAUCUUCUGCUGAGUGGGAGUGACAACGCCAGCACCGCACAUGGAAACCGCUGGAGGCUUCUGAAACCUCAGCAAAGCCUGGAGAGCCGGCCUGCAGGAGGCGCAUGAUGGCUUCAACUUGAUCCCAGCAGGUGUCUGAGUGUUGCAGGAAGCAGUGCAGCUCGUCAUGGACUCUCCUGUGAAGGCUCAGAGCAGAAGGUCGGUGGUUUCUCCUUCAGAAGCCCUCGAUGGCGGCUACGCCUGGUUCGUCCUGCUCUCCUGCUUCCUCGUCUUCGGUCUGACCUUUGGGGUCGUGAAGGCCUUCGGUGUGUUCUAUGUUGAGAUACAUCGAUACUUUGGAACCACAGCAACAGGAACGUCAUGGAUCACCUCUAUUGCUGUGGCAACGAUCCACGUCGUGGCUCCUUUAGCGUCAGCACUCAGCGCCCGCUACAGCCACCGCUCCGUGGUCAUCAUGGGUGGACUGAUAUGCAGUUUGGGAAUCAUGUUGGGGGCUUUUGCUCGUAACAUCACUGAGCUGUACCUGACUGUGGGCUUUCUAAAUGGGUUUGGCUAUGCGUUAACCUGGACCCCCACCGUCACCAUGUUGGGUUUCUACUUUGAGAAAAGGCGCCCGAUGGCGAACGCCCUGUCCAGCUCUGGAGAGUGCAUCCUCACCUUCGUCCUCACGCCUCUGUUCCAGCUGCUGAUCGACAGCUUCUCCUGGAGGGGGGCUCUGCUGAUCCUCGGAGGUCUGCAGCUCAACCUGUGUGUGUGUGGGAUGCUGCUGAGGCCCCUGAAAGCCUCCAGAGAUGUUGGUCAUGCCAGCGAGGUCAAAGCAGAGGAGGAAGGCUUGUCCAUGGAACUGGUCCCAGAAGAAGAUCAGCUCAAGCCAAUGAAUCAAGAAGAGGAAGGAGUGGAAAUAUCUGCGGAUGAACGGACGGCUAACGCAUGUCCUGAAGACCCCGAGGAGAAACCGAGUUUGACCAAAGACUCAGCAGCUCAGAGGGCUGAACUAAAGACCAAAAUCAUUCGCUACGUAGAUUAUACUCUCAUCACAAACGCUCGAUUCAUGGUCUACUCCAUGUUUGGGGUGUUUGCCGCUCUGGGGUUCUUCGCUCCAGCUCUGUUCCUGGUUCCUUACGCUCGCAGUAAAGGAGUGGAGGAAUACCAGGCGGCUGCUCUGAUGUCCAUCUCUGCAAUGUUGGACCUGUUUGGACGAGUGUUCUUUGGCUGGGUGGCAAACCUGAGGCUGGUGGAGACGGUGCAGCAGCUGACGGUGACGGUGACUCUGCUCGGUACGGUGAUCCUGCUGUGUCCGCUGGCGUCCUCCUUCACUCAGCUGGCUGUUUUCAGUGCAGCUUACGGCCUGGUCUACGGAGCAACGGUCGCCAUCCACAUCACCGUGCUGGCCGAGAUUGUGAGCAUCCAAAGGCUGGGCAGUGCUCUGGGCUUUUUCAUGCUCAUACGCAGCAGCGGAGGCCUGCUAGGACCACCCAUCGCUGGGUUUUUCAUUGACAAGAUGAGCGACUACGGGACGGGCUUCCUCAUGGCGGGCGUCGCACUCAUCGUCUCUGCCUUGUUCCUGCUCCUCCUCCGUCAGAUGAGUCGAAGGGAUCAGAAUACUGACGCCAAGAACCAUGACAUGAACAAAGAGCUGGAACAGGACGUGACAUGAACAUUAGAGAAUUCUUUGUGGUUGCUGAGCCUGAAACGGCAUCUGGAUCUAAAGGUCACUGUUAAAAAAAUGGACAAAGGCAAGGACAGUUGAGUUUUCAGUCCAAACAAGUAAUCUGCAGCUUCAAGAUGAGACUUUUUCUAUCUAUAGUUGGGUGACAAAUGAAAGGAAAAACCAAAGUAGAAUGUCUUAGUAAGGCACCAGAAUAUUUUCAAUGCUCCUCAACAUUGAUUCUCCAAGUCUCAAGAACUCUACUGGAGAGGUGGAACAUCAUUCUUCUAAAUAUAUUCCUUCAUUUGGUGUUUUGAUGAUGAACGAUGAACAUAUCGGUCAGAAAUCUCCCAUAGGUUUUCCACUGGAAUGAAAACUGAUGACUGUGAAGCACAUCAUUUACAUCACUUUCAUUAAACCCUUCAGUGAUUCCUCGUGCCCAGUGGAGGGGAGUGUUGUCACUGUGGAAGAGACCACUCUCAUAAGGACAGAAAUCUUUCAUUCAUUACUCAGGACAGUUUUGUAUUGAUUUCCAGUGACCCUUCCAUCUAAGGGCACAACUGGACCCAAACUGUGAGCCCCUCACCGUAGAAAUAAAGGGUUUCGAUUUUUCUUUUAAUUUGUCACCUGCCUGUAUAUCUAUGGCAUCUUUCUGAGAGUUAUUACAUGGAUGGUUUGGAGUCUUUGGAGCAGCUCUUUCAAUCAAGUGCACCACAGAAUGUAUAUACAGAUCUAAAAUGAUGAAAUCCAGUGGAUCUGCAUGACUUACUAUCAAAAAAUUCAGGAAAAAAAUGUUACAAACGGACAUUUUCUCUUGAACAUUACCAAUAUGAUUAGUUUCAUGUGUGCGUGUGGUUUUUUAAAAGCAUAAAACACACGCUGAGCAGCCACUGCACAAAAACCAAUGACAAAUGAAGAGUAUAGCAUUAUUAAUUUUGUUAUGAUGCAAUGUUCUGCAGGGAAAUCUUAGUUCCUGGUAGUCAUGUGCAUGAGAAGCACUCCCUGACGGCGGCAGCUUCCCCAGCAGGACAUUUGACCACACAGCAAAAAUUACUAACCUUCAGAGCUCUUAUCCUUUUUGGCAGCACAAGAGGGACCUAUAUAAUCUUGUGGAUGAUGGUGUAAUGUUCACCCUUCCUCCCCACUACCAGUAAUUUGUGUACAGUCCCUAAAGAGCAGAAAUAACUCACUUUCUGGAAUGCAUUAAACUGCAGUAACACAGUCACUUUCCCACAAAAUGACAAUGACACAACAAAUGUCGAGUCAUAAAGUUCAGCCGUUAAGUUCACGAGUUGAUUAAAAAAACCAAAGCCUGUGUUUUCUA